UUAAGUUUCUGUCUUACGCCCCAUUCCAUUGUUGUUACAAGUGGCUGUCUGAGACUGCGCGGACUACCUCACGUUGUCCGGCAGUUAAAAGACAAGAUGAAUCAAUGUCUUAAAACUUUUAAAAUCUUAUAAAUUCUAAAGAGGAUUGAUUAUUUUUUCUUCGUGUGGGCAUACAAGAAAGCGUGAUUGGAUUAACAAUGACUGCCGAUUAUAUAUCCUGUCUUAAAUGUUUGAUCAUUGUAUGUAAUGUACCCGUCAUAGCCAUUGGGACGGUUGCAAUGGGACUUGGGAUAUGGGUACUUUUAGAGAAUCCAAGUGUUUUAGAACUCUCAAGUGUACGAGAACUUUCAAUAAUGGACCAGUCAUAUUUAUUAACGAGUAUAUACCUAGUCAUUACAGCGGGUGCCGCCAUAUUCGUGUUUGGAAUAGUGGGUAUUAUUGCGACACAUUCGCAGAGUGCAUGUUGUAUUGGCUUUUAUGCUGGUGUGUUGUCGUUAAUUUUAUGUGUUGAGGUUGCAGGCUGCACACUGGGAGUAGUAUUCAAAGAUUCGUGGAAUACUCACUUAGACGCUGCCAUAUACAGAAACAUUAGAACUGAAUACGACGGAUCAGCAGAUACUCAGAAUUAUUUCAGCAGACACAUGAAUACAAUUCAUACUUCAUUAUCUUGUUGUGGAUAUGGAAACGUUUCUGAUUUUCUGCAGUCAACAUCUUGGAAUCGAACGCUAGAUGACGGAACUCUAGCGGAAGUUCCUAUAUCGUGCUGUCUACCGCAAAACAAUUCUACACUUCCGUCAGUUAAAGGCAACAUCGACUGCAGAAAGAACCCAGAUUCAACAAAUUCUUAUACAAAUCCGUGCGAGGCACAACUAAAGGAACUUUACCUAAGAUUUGAGAUUAUCAUCAUUUCAUGUACAGCUGCCUUAGGACUUUGUCAGUUAAUGAUGCUUGUCUUGGCUUUGACAAUGAUGUGUUUUUUAAUGAAGAAUGAUACAUACUAUGAUUUCAAGCAAAAUCUGGAAAAGUAAUGAGAAGAACAAUGAAAAAUCAACAAAGAAAUACUUAAACUCAGUUUUACCUUUAUUCAUGUUGCACUGUGUAUCUAUGUAAAGUAAUCAUACCACACUCUUUGUACACAAUAUUUACAGUAAAAGUAGUAUGGUUAUUGUUAAUUUUUCAUUUGACA